UUGAGGCGGCCAUUUUUCUGACCAGUGCAAACCGGACGGUGAAAAAUUUCUUCUAUUUAAUGUGGGAAUUCGAAGUUUAAUAGGAUCGUGCAAGAUAUAGAGUAGUGUAACAACAAGCAAACCCUGUGAUCAUCUCAAAACAUCUUCAAAAUGUUUGAAGACAGAUCUGCGGCGAAGGAGUUAGAUCAAUGGAUCGAACAGCUCAACGAGUGCAAACAACUGUCAGAAAAUCAAGUCAAAACACUAUGCGAAAAGGCCAAAGAAAUCCUAUCUAAAGAAUCCAAUGUACAGGAAGUGAAAUGUCCAGUGACAGUAUGUGGAGACGUCCAUGGCCAGUUCCAUGACUUAAUGGAGCUAUUUAGGAUAGGUGGCAAGUCGCCUGAUACAAAUUACCUCUUUAUGGGGGAUUAUGUAGACAGAGGCUAUUAUUCAGUAGAAACAGUCACUCUUUUAGUAGCUUUAAAGGUCCGCUUUAAAGAUAGGAUAACAAUUCUGAGAGGUAACCAUGAGAGCCGGCAGAUCACACAAGUGUAUGGUUUUUAUGAUGAAUGUCUGCGCAAAUAUGGAAAUGCUAAUGUCUGGAAAUAUUUCACAGAUUUAUUUGACUACCUUCCUCUAACAGCUUUAGUUGAUGGACAGAUUUUCUGCUUACACGGUGGCUUGUCACCAUCUAUUGACACCCUAGAUCACAUCCGCGCCCUAGACAGAAUACAGGAGGUGCCUCAUGAGGGCCCUAUGUGUGACCUGCUCUGGUCUGACCCUGAUGAUAGGGGUGGAUGGGGAAUCUCCCCUCGUGGAGCAGGUUAUACCUUUGGACAAGACAUCUCUGAGACCUUUAACCAUAGUAAUGGACUUACCCUAGUCUCCAGAGCCCACCAGCUUGUCAUGGAGGGUUACAACUGGUGCCAUGAUCGUAAUGUUGUUACAAUAUUUAGUGCUCCUAACUAUUGCUACCGUUGUGGAAAUCAAGCCGCCAUUAUGGAAUUGGAUGAUGCACUCAAAUACUCCUUCCUGCAGUUUGACCCGGCCCCAAGACGAGGAGAGCCUCAUGUGACACGCAGAACGCCAGACUACUUCCUGUAAAGAGGAGAGUGAGGGGUUGAGGGGCUCCACCCUUGCUUCCAUAUGUGUGUGAUGUGGGGCAGGCUGGGAACCAGGCACAGCUGUGUACAGCACAGCCAUUCACCACUGGCCCUUCAUCAGUAGACAAUUGGUGACCUUAGAUGUCCCAAGCUGACACUUUAUAUUAAUCUCUACAUCCAGUCUUAACCUCUCCCCACCAGCAGGAGGAGCCUGUUUUCUAGUACGGCAACAACUCUUGAUCUGAAUCAGGUCUUUGAAACAGCCAGUGUGUUAUUUUCUGUUAUUUACUAUAUUGGAACAAAUUAUCGCUGAAAUGGAAAAAAACAAAGUUGGCGGUUAUGAUUAUCCCUCCACACCUUUUGAUAAUUCCUGGUGCUUUGGUGCAAUGUUUUCUGGGAAAGCUAAGCUGGGUUUGUAGAUGAGGCAAACCUAGCCACAACUAUUACAAUCAUAAAUGCUUGGAUAUGAAUUUGGGUUCACAAAUAUCAUAGAUAACUAGUUCGGAGGUGUGCUUAUCAUGGGAUUAUAUUUUGUUUAAAUGGUUGUGUGAUGUGUCUUCUGGUCAGUGCUAGCACUUGGUCAGCUGCAGUAUAUUGCCUGUAUUACAAAUCUGAUGGUGGAAAUAAAUUUUAGUUCUUCA